GAAAAUAAGGGAGGGUUUUCUCGAACCUUCCACAAUAUUCUGCCAACACCCAAUCUUCCAGACAUCUCUUUAUAAUUCCUCCAGAAUUAGAAAAUUUUACCUUAAAAUUAUCACUCUUACUGAAUUUUAUUUUUUCACAUCAUCUUCAACCCAAAUACAAUAUAAAUCUUCACCCUUUUCUUCAAACAUUAAUCAUACAUAUUCUGCGCACAACAGAGUAAGAGAGUGGAAAAAAAACAAAUCUUUGCAGGUGAAUUAACAAACUUUUUUUCUGAAAAGGAAAAAAAAGUAAAGUGAAGAGGAGGAAGAGAGAGGAGAUGGGGGUAGACUACUACAAGAUUCUGGGUGUUGAUAAGAAUGCCAAAGAUGAUGAUCUUAAGAAAGCUUACAGAAAAUUGGCUAUGAAAUGGCACCCUGAUAAAAAUCCAAAUAAUAAAAAAGAAGCUGAAGCUAAAUUCAAGCAGAUUUCUGAGGCUUAUGAUGUUUUGAGUGACCCCCAGAAGAGAACAGUAUAUGAUCAGUAUGGAGAAGAAGGCCUUAAAAGUGGGGUCCCACCACAAGAUGCCGCUGGUAGUCCAGGCGGUGCCACCUUCUUCUCAACUGGAGACGGGCCCACUUCAUUCCGAUUCAGUUCACGUAACCCAGAUGACAUAUUUGCUGAAUUCUUUGGGUUCUCAAGCCCAUUUGGCGGUGCUGGCGGUGGUGGUGGUGGUGGUGGUAUGAGAGGUUCAAGGUUUUCAAGUGGUAUAUUUGGUGAUGACAUUUUUAGCGGUUUUGGUGAGAACGGUGGUGGUGGUGGCGGCUCAAUGCACUUCCAAAGUGGUCCGCGCAAGGCACCACCUAUUGAAAACAAAUUGCCUUGCACUUUAGAGGAGCUAUAUAAGGGGACUACGAAGAAAAUGAAGAUCUCUAGAGAGAUUGCUGAUAUCAGUGGGAAAUCUAUGCCUGUAGAAGAGAUUUUAACAAUCGAGAUCAAGCCUGGGUGGAAAAAGGGUACGAAAAUUACUUUUCCAGAGAAAGGCAACGAGCAACCUGGUAUAACUGCGGCAGAUUUGGUCUUCAUUAUAGAUGAGAAGCCGCAUAAGGUGUUCACUCGUGAUGGCAACGAUUUGGUCGUCACUCAGAAGAUCUCAUUAGCCGAAGCCUUAACAGGUUACACAAUCCAUCUAACAACGUUAGAUGGGAGGAACCUUAACAUCCCGAUCAACAAUGUGAUUCAUCCAAACUAUGAGGAAGUUGUGCCAAGGGAAGGAAUGCCUUUACCAAAAGAACCUAGUAGGAGGGGAAAUUUAAGGAUCAAAUUUGACGUCAAGUUUCCUUCACGGCUGACGGCCGAACAGAAAGCGGGAAUUAAGAAACUCUUUGGUCCACAAUGAAAAAGUGAGAAUCAAGAAACUGUUACUCUUGUACCAUAACGAAAAAGGGGAAUUGAGAAAGUGUUAUGAUAAAACUUCAGCAUGUUAAGAUAUCAAGUUAUCUGUAUUGUUGAACCUUCUAAAGAUGCACAAUUUGAGGACAAACGAAAAUUUGUAGCCCGUCUAGUUUUUGUGCAAAUGUGAUUGUUUGGAUGGUAGACUGUAUGUUGAAUUUUUCAAGUUAUCGAGGAUAGUGAGUUAGUGCCUGAUAA